AUGUCCAAGCCAAUCAAGACCACGUCGUCGAAGAUUGAUGCCGCGCCAACACCUCAUAAUACUCCCUCCAGCGUGUUGACGGGCUCCUACCUGAAAAAUGGGAACCCAGCACGUUCUGUUCCGCAAACAAUCAAGGAAGAGGACAUCACAUCUGCUUUGGCAAACAACCCUCAGCUUCUAGCAUCUAUCCAAGACAAACUAGGUGAUUUAGUGGGCCAGGACAGCGGCUACGUGGCAUCGUUGCCACACGCGGUUAGAGACCGGAUUUAUGCAUUGAAAAAAUUACAACGCGAUCUGUUUGAGCUAGAAAAGGACUUCCAGCUUGAAAUGUUUGCAUUGGAAGAAAAAUACUUGCAAAAGUAUAGUCCAGUACACCAGCGCCGUUAUGAGAUCACUUCUGGAAAACAGGAGCCUUCUCUCAGAGAAAUAGAGAUUGGAAAACAGCUAGGGGACGAGCUCGACACAGUUGCUGAGGAAGCCGAGGAAGAUGAAGACGAAGAGGGGCAAGACAAGAUUAAGGGUAUUCCUUCGUUCUGGCUUACGGCUUUUGAAAACUUGCCCAUGGUGUCGCAAACGGUCACAAGUGCCGAUGCAGAAGUGCUAGAGUGUUUGACCGACGUCAGACUAGAAUAUCUAACAGAGGGGAAGCCCGGUUUCAAACUAGUUUUCCAGUUUGACGAGGAGAACCCUUACUUCACCAACAAAGAGCUGGUUAAGACAUACUUUUACCAGUCGGAAUUGGGCUAUUCUGGAGACUUCAUUUAUGACCACGCCGAGGGUUGCGAGAUCAAAUGGACCGACAAUGAGUCCAACGUGACCGUAUCGGUCGAAAAACGCAAGCAGCGCAACAAGACCACGAAACAAGUGCGUACCAUCGAGAAGAUCACGCCCGUGGAAUCGUUUUUCAACUUUUUCGAUCCACCCAAGGUCCCAGCUAAGAAGACCAAUGAGUCCGAAGUGGAAAACGCCAAGGGCGAAGAAGAAGACGGCCACGACAGCGAGGACGACGACGAGGAAGACCCAGACGAAGUGGCGGAACUAGAGUCGCGUUUGGCAUUGGACUACGCCAUCGGGGAAGAGUUUAAGGACAAGCUUGUUCCACGUGCUGUGGACUGGUUUACGGGCGCUGCGAUUGAGUUUGAGUACGAUGCUGACGAAGGAGAAGACGAGGACGCGGAGUUCGACUCCGAAUUCGACGACGAAGAAGAUGAAGAUGAAGACGACGAUGACGACGGCGAAGACGAUGAUGAAAACGCCGAUGAUUCUGAAGAGGACAGUGAUCCCAGCGAUUUCAAACCUGCCGGAUCCAAUUCUAAAGAGCAACCUCCAGAGUGUAAGCAAGCUUAA